GGGCCAGCCCUAGGAAAGCAAACGGCCCAGGAUGAAUUAGGCGGCGGGCUGCAGAGGGGAGGGCCGGGCCCCCCGCCCCUGCCGCCCUCGCCCCUCCCGCCCGGCGGGAGCAGCGCCGCCUCGCGCGGAGCCGGCUGCUCGGGGCGCGCCACAGGCGCACGCACACACAGGCGGCGGCGGCGGGGGCGGGCCGGCCGGGGUGGGGGGGGCCCGGCAGAUGAAGAUGGCAAUGUCUGUGAUCCAAGCGUGCCGCAGCCUGGCUCUCUCAACAUGGCUGCUGUCCUUUUGUUUCGUGCAUCUGCUGUGCCUGGACUUCACCGUGGCCGAGAAGGAGGAGUGGUACACGGCCUUCGUCAACAUCACCUACGCCGACCCGGCGGCCGGCACCGCCGAGCUUCGCAGCGAGAAGAGCGAGUGCGGGCGCUACGGCGAGCAGUCGCCCAAGCAGGACGCCCGUGGGCAGGUGGCCCUCUCCGCCUCGCCCGCCGACCGCUACGCCUGCGACCCCGGCACCCGCUUCAACGCCCCGGCGCCGGGCAAGAGCUGGGUGGCCCUCAUCCCGCGGGGCAACUGCACCUACAAGGAAAAGAUCCGCCACGCCGCAGCCCAGAACGCCUCAGCCGUGGUCAUCUACAACAUGGGCUCCAGCAACGCCAACGAGACCAUCACUAUGCCCCACGCAGGCCUUGAAGAUGUUGUAGCAAUAAUGAUUCCUGAACCCAAAGGAAAAGAGAUAGUGAGCCUCCUGGAGAGGAACAUUACUGUGAUGAUGUACAUAACCAUUGGGACACGCAACUUGCAGAAGUAUGUCAGCCGGACCUCUGUGGUGUUCGUCUCUAUCUCCUUCAUUGUACUGAUGAUCAUCUCACUGGCGUGGCUGGUCUUCUAUUACAUUCAGCGGUUCCGCUACGCAAAUGCCAGGGACAGAAAUCAGCGCCGGCUUGGAGAUGCUGCAAAGAAAGCAAUCAGCAAGCUGCAAGUCAGAACAAUCAGGAAAGGUGAUAAGGAAACUGAGCCAGACUUUGAUAACUGUGCUGUUUGUAUUGAAGGUUACAAGCCCAAUGAUGUUGUCAGAAUUUUGCCUUGCAGGCAUCUUUUCCACAAGUCCUGUGUAGACCCCUGGCUACUAGAUCAUCGUACCUGCCCGAUGUGUAAAAUGAAUAUUCUAAAAGCUCUAGGGAUCCCGCCUAAUGCAGAUUGCAUGGAUGACAUACCUCCAGACUUGGAAGUAUCCAUAGGAGGCCCACCAACCAACCAGAUAACGGGAGCCAGCGAUAUAACAGUGAACGAGAGCUCUGUAGCCCUGGAUCCCCCAGUGCGGACUGUGGGAGUGCUACAAGUCGUCCAAGAUGUAGACUCCUUUCCCCAGGUUGGGGAGGGCAACUUCACAACAAGCAAUGAACAGGAGCCAGCAGUCAGCAGUGAUUCGGAUAUUUCAUUGAUUAUGGCAAUGGAGGUUGGACUGUCCGAUGUGGAGCUUUCCACUGAUCAAGACUGUGAAGAGGUGAAGUCUUGAAAACCAGAGAUCCAACACUACAGGGGAGGGUCACAGAAAGGGACCGAGUCAGCUUUCUAGGAUUUGGACCAGUCAUGCACAUGCCUCCAAGAGCACUGUCACUCCUGCACACUUCAUUGAGACGGUCACGAAAAGCAAUAGCAACAGUUGUGUCUGCCUGGAUGUGGUUUCAUCAUCUGCAUACGUUCAUUUUGUUCACAAAAGAUGGGAGAUGAACGCUUCCAGUUUACCCACAUGCUUGAGAGCAGUCAUGUCACUCCUCAGUGGCUCAUAAAUGCGUAACUGAAAUGACAGCUUGAGUGUUUUCUACACCUGUUUGAUUGGGUUUAUGUUUCUUUGGGCUUGGUUUUUGGGUUGCUUUUUUUAAAGACAUAUGUUUGUUAUGUAUGUUUGUUUGUUUAUAGCUUGUUAUGGGUGGACGCUGUUUUUGUUGACUGACCCCAACUUUUUCAAGAGUUCAGUCCAGAAAUCUGAACUCCUGUUCACUGGUCACUUCGUGAUCUGACUCCAGGAUUUAUCAUUGCCUUGUUGUUUCUGCUUGAAGUACACAUGGCUUCAGAAGGAUGGUGCACCAGCACCCUGCAUUAAUGUGAAGCCUCCUUUCAUUAAGUGGAAGCCUUGGAAACAGUGUAUUCUGAAGGCCUUUAUUGGUAAGAGAACUCUGAAUUAACAGAGAUUGCUGAGAUUUGGGCUAAAACUGCAUUAUGUCGACUUUCACCUAGAGCUCUGUUCUAGACAAGUAUCACGCAGUGUGAAGGAAAGAAAAGCUUAAAGCUUCACUUUGUCCUUGUAGUCCUUUGCUAUAUUUUAUGCUAUUAGCAGUUGUCAGCACAUUAAUGGCCUUCCUUCAAGUCACAAUUCAGUAGCCGGAAAAGAAGAUGAGGUAUAAUAUCAUAUCUUUUCUCAGUUUUACAGACCAAAACCUGACCGGUAGGUUAAAGGUGUGUCUGAGAGGUUUCCAGAGCUGCUUGUUAACAGCUGUGCAUUACACAUAGGACAAGAAUUUUCUUAGAAAAGGUCUGGAGAUGCUGAUACCGGUGUUAGAAACUGCUAAUGAAACAGAGGGCAGCUGGCUGAAAUGCUUCCUGGUUUAUUUGGGGUUUUUUACUUAGUGUAUUUCACUUCCUAUGUUUUGAUGGCAGUUUUUGCCUGCUCCUUAUGGAAGACAAGAGUUCAGGUGGUUAGGUGCCCUCCAGAGUCCUUGUCAACUUUGUCACAAGCAUAAUGGAAUACUUGCAAUUUGUAUAUAGAUCCAUAUGCCAAAAUAUUUUGAGUAGAGAGGAGGGAAUUUAAACUAAACAGAACUAAUGUAAUCGAAACACCUAAAUAAUAAUGUGAUGAUUAUUUAGUUCAUCCUGAGCUCUGCUUUCCAAGUAGAAGUUUGUGUUAUUUGUUCAGUGUACAAUUUUGUCUUUCAGUCAAGAUACUCAGCUGUGAAGAAGCACUUUUAGUUUACUGUUACAGAAGAGUAAGUGGUUUCUGUUGACAGUCAGAUGAUUUGAAUCACAUUACUGACUCCUGAGUAAGUCCGAAGAACCAACAGUUCAUCUUAGAUUGGCAUUUCAUGGAGAGGCGAAAUAUUUUGCCUUGACAGUGUCAUGGUAGCAUCUCAAAAUGCAACUGUUAGGGUUCCUGCAGAAUUUAAUCUCCUUGUGGAUUUACUUGCUACAUGUGGAAACCAACUCACAGCCAAAACUGGAGUUGUCAGACCUUAUUCAGGAACAAAUGUCUUUAUAACUAUCCCUUAAAUUUUGGCCGACUUGCUGCUUCAGUACAGGAGGAAGGAAAAAUUAUACUCCGUGCUUUUCGGUCCAGUUAGAACUCAGUUCAUUUUAUAGCUUAAUUUUUUUGAUGUUCUUAGUCCAUAAAUUGCAGGGUAACUUUGAGGCAAAGGCACACAGCCUAAUCAUCCUUCAAAACCAUGAUCUGGAAAUGUGCCGUUACAUUCUUGUAAGCCGUUUGAAAGGACAUCUCUCUUUAAUUAAAGAGAUACAGGCAGCUGGAAAUCUGCUUGGUUUAAAAAAAGAAAGUUAGAGAUCAUUCCAGAGGGUGCAGCUUGGUCAGUCUUGCCAAUAUUUGUAUUUCAGUAGUUAUAUUUUCCUUAAUGUCUUUAAGGAAUGUCUUUAAUGUCUUCUCUAUUCCUUGUUACUGUGGGAAAGGCUCACAGCAGUAUCAGGAGAACUGAUGCUGAAAUUCACUCCUGAACAAGUGUUUGCACAACAUACCACAUCAGCUUCACUUAAGCUCUGGAAAUAAUGCUGAAAUGGAGUUUAAGUGGUGCUCACACCAAAUACUGGCCCUUCACACACAAAUGGAAUUCAUCGCAAAUGACUGCAGAGGAAAGAGUAAAGCUGGUUACACACAGUCAGGUCUCCCUAUGGAAAGUACACAGGCUACUACAGUUUAUUCUCUAGUGCUGGAGCCUGGGUGCUGUAUGUCACAGGAACAUCACAAACACAAUGUCUGAGUUGUCUGUGAUCCUUUCACACCUGCCCACUGUGGCCCAGCACACAGACAAAAAUACUCCUGGCCAAACUGUUUGGGUUUCAGAGUCACCAAGUUUUGUCACCAAGUCUUUGUUUUAUUUCACAAACUUCAUUAAGUUAAUCUCAAAGGAUAGAUGGACCAGUUAUCUGUUGCCAUAGCAGAGUGGCCCACAGCACAGCAGAGCAAGGCAGGAGGAGAAACUCCCAGCAGACUGAAGUUGGUCUGUAGGCCAGCAAAACCAUUAAAGGGAGGUGUGCUCAAAGGGGUAUCACAUAGAGUAACUGACAUCCUACCCGUAUUUCUAGUAGUGAAGAGAAGCUUGCACUGUCCACACUCUUUUCUGAAGUACCCUGUACUAGUUGUGGUGCAUGGUGGCCACUGGCAGAGGAAGGGUGAAACCUUUUUAGAUACCACCAAAACGUGGUCUGUCAAAAGAGGUGUCCUAGCAAAUUUGGGCACAGAGUCUUUCUGCUAUUGUUUUCCCAGUUCUACCUGGAGUUUCACUCAGGGAAGAUGUUUUUCCAGCCCUGUGUUCAGGUUUUGUGCAGCUCUGAGCACUGAUAAGCAGUAAGAAGUGCAAAGUGAGGUUACACAUCACUGAAGCCAGAACUUAGGGAAGCACUUAAGUAAAUGUUUUAUUCUGUCCUUCUUCAGAAAAGCACUUAUGACUAAUUUUGUACUUGUACCAAAAUCACAUUAUUUUCAAAGGGCCUUCUGUGAGCAUAAUUAAGCCCCUCGUGUCAAAGGGCAGUGUUUUCCUGAAGCAGGACCUGGCUAAUAAUAUUGUUUGUAUACAUAACCUGUGAAAUGCCUUGGGAAUUUGAGGUGCUUCAUAAGUAUUAGGACACACCCCCCUCCAGAUGUAUGUUUGUAAUGAAAGCCUUAAAUCUGCAGAUCCACAUUUUUCUAACAUUAGUCUGUCCACUGAGAUUCCUCACAGGGUAAAAUUAAACCCUCCCGAUUUGCAGCUUUGGGGAAGAUUAAGUCCCAUCCCGAGCAUUGUGUGAGUCCUCGGCACUGCUGCCCACUAUGGCAUUAAAUAUGUGGGAUUCAGUUGCUGAGGACAUGGCACAGGCUGUUCAGAAGGGAAAGCAGCCUUCAGCAUGCAGACAGGAAAAAAAAAACCAAAUCCUCUGGUGCCCUCUGACGAACAAGUGCUUGUGCACAGAAUCCUGCAGGCUCACACCGUGACUGCCCACCCGUGGCACUGGAAGCAGGGCAGAGGGGCACAUCCUGCGCAGGGCCACAGACCGGAGGAUGAGGCAGCUCUCUGAGAAAGGCAAUCUUGUAAUUUAGCUGAUCUUGCGUCUCUCCGAGCUCUUCUUCCCUGGCAUCUGAGGCUCUCUUAUCAUCUUUUCCAUGAGCUGGUAGCAGGUAGAAGUGUUUGCCUUAGCAAGGCUGAUCUUCACUCAGACUGGGUUGCAGGAUGAAACUUGGACAGUCUGCGCUCUGAGUAUCCUUUGAUUUUCAUGGGUUUCACUAAACUCCCUUCCCAAAAGUCUCUUCAGUAGGUAGAGAACACAAAAAGUUAUAUGGGCAGGAUUUUGCACUCACCAAUGACAUAAUGUGUGCAUGCAGAGGUGGUAAGGCAGCAGUACCAAAUCUCUUCCCAUUCUGGUGAGGAUACAGACCUAGCACUUAUGGAGGGUUUGGGUUUUUUUAACAUACUGACUACUUUAGAGCCUCAAAACCAGGAUCAGAACAACCAUAGCACUGUAGUUCAGUCUUUGAGCAUUCUAUAGAAUUAAAUUACCAUGUAUGCAUAUAAAAGUACCUCGAUAUGACUAUGGAAGCUGUAUUGUAAUGAAACCACAGGCAGCUGCCAUUUGUAGAUUUUUUUAAUGACAGACAUUGUGGCGCUAAAGAAAAAGACUUUAUAGAUGUAGGUUGAAAAAAAAGAAAAGAUCAUUGAAAUCACACCUGAUAAGAGGUCCCUCGGAUCUCAGUACUUUAAUGAGCCCCUUGAUCAGAUCCACAGGAAGUCACUGCAAGAAAGGCAGCACUUCAUUCUCUUGUUGAAUUACUUGUUUGGGGUACAUUCUUAUUUUGUUAACAAAAUGAACUCAAGCGCCAGAGGCAGAUCCAGCCCUGAACUUAAUCCUUCUCAAAGAAUAUCUGUUUUGUGAUCUGCAGUUUUGUUGCUAAGCCUGUUAACUCACUCUCCUUUCCCCCUUGCUGAAUAAAAAGAAGUGCUUGUCAAAUUUGAAAAAUGUUUAGCUCAGAAGACAUUUGCAUACGGGCAGGUUGCCCUGGCAAGUAUCUGCAGAUCACUUAAUGCUUCUGUGUGUUUUAUUCAUCAGUGCAACACAGUUUCAUAAAGCAGAAUUUGCCAUCCAUGUUAAACCUGUAGUGUAGUCAUCAUGUAGAUCUUCCAGCCUUUUGCCUUACAAACUUUUUCACACAUGCCACAGCCCUUUGAGCAGAUUCUGUGAUAAAAAGACCAAGAUCAGGGUAUAAAUCUUUAUUUAUAAAUCUCUGGAUUACAAAUCCUUGUGACAACUGAUCGGGGCUUGAAAUGACAAUAGAGGUUCUGCAUAACAGCAGGAAAUGCCUUUCAGAUGGACAGCUGGGAAUCUCCCAGGCUUUCUUUCCAAGAGGCUCAUCCCUUCACUUUACUUCUCUGUAGAGAAGCUCUCAACUAAGCAUAUAGUUUUAAAUAAGCCAGGAACAGGAAUUUAUAGGCUGUGCAAACCAAGAAAACCAACAGUCACUCAUUGAUUUCUAUUCAUUAGCAAUAGUUGACUUUUUUAACCAUUUAUUGUUCUAGUAGAUCCCUGUUGUAGGGCCAAAGUUACUGGUCUAUUGGGAAUAGGAUCCAGAAGCUGGAACACAAAAAGUUCCAUUUAAACAUAACAAAAAACUAUUUUACUGUGAGGGUGACGAAGCCUUGGCACAAGCUGCCCAGGGGGGGUGCAGAGUCUCCUUCUCUGGAGGUUUUCAGAGCCCACCUGGAUGCGUUCCUGUGUGACCUGAUCUAGGCAGCCCUGCUUUAGAAGGGGAAUUGGACUAGAUGAUCUCUAAAGGUCCCUUCCAACCCCUACCAUUCUGUGAUUCUGUGACACUCUAAACAGGAGAAGGCAAGUUUCAUUUGCUGUUGCGAUGCAUCCAUUUCAUAGGACUGAAAUGACAGAGAAAUCCGGCCUAUGCCUUCCCAACUUCUCUCACAGGCAUUUGCUGUAAUGUGAACCUUUGUUGCAGGUAAAGGAGAUCAUGGGAUCAAACUCACGCUUCCUCUCUUGGAUUCUGUGCUGCUUAUAUCUCUUUGUAGCAGGUUAGACUGAUUCAGCAUGGCAGGGAAAGGAGCCAGCCAAAGUUCAGAUUAAGGGCUUAAUGAAAGAUAGGCCCAAGGGUUUUGGCAAGUUCAGGACAGCCGAGCUUCUUCACAAGCAGUGCUGACCGGGCUUGCUGCUUCAUUGAAGAACACUUCAGCAUUGACUUGUUUGUUGCAUAGGUAGAUGUAAAACAUGUGAGUGUGACAGAAAUUAAUUGACUUGGUUAAAACAAGCACUGCAAAACAAUGCCAUGAAAUAUUUUAGGGGCGAGGGAAAAUGAGGCUGGAGGUGCUGUUUUCACAAACUUUUUAAAUAGGGACAAUUGAUCCAACACACGCCCUGCUUUUAUUUUACCAAGCUGUUACCUGAACUAAUUGAUAGUUCUGGAUUUGAAAGAGGAAUGCCAGAUGGACUUUUUGGUCUGGAUUUUUCUGUGUAGCAGAUGGCAGCUGCAGUCUGGGACAGCAAGUGAGGGAGAAGGCUGCCCUCUGCCACACAGCUUCCCCUGCAGGGCUGGAAACCCACUCGGCUCCCUUGCUCUUCUUUGGCACUUCUCUUUCAAGAAACAAAAUCCCACCUUCGGAUCAGGAGCUAUGGUUCAAAGAGAGGAACAGAGAAGAACGAUGAAUGUGGAUUUUGAAUGAAAAGCCAACAGAUUAAUUUUCCAUCUGAAAUUAAUCUUGUCUCUCUCAACUGUUGUAAUUGUGAGUAAGUGGAAGUUAGUUAUUUCUGGCAUGAAUGCAAAAAAAAAAAAAAAAAGAAAAAGAACAAAAAAGGGAAGAAAAAGGAGAGGAAAAAAGAAGAAAUAGCAUUUUCCCUUUCUUGUUUCUUUCUUGAUUCUUCAGUCCCAUGUAGCGUUAAAAACAAUAGCAAGAUCAAAAUGCUUGUUUGCUCUGAAUGUAUACAGUUAUUUCAGAUGUCAAAUUGUCUAAGUGUUCUCCGUGUGUACGUAAUACCAUCCUUACUUCUUGUUUCAUGUUAGGAAACUGAAAUGACUGUACCAUUUUAUAAUUAGAAAUGUAAAGA